AUACUUAAAGCUGGGUCAGAGAAAAAAUAUGUAUACAAUCCAAAGGAAAUAUAUACAAUAUGAGUUUUGCUAAGAAAUAAAGCAAUAAAUAUGAAUAAUUGCGUUGUCGACGCGGAGUACGAAUAUGUUGUGUUAAAAAUAAAUAACGUAGAUAUUAGUCACUUGCCAAGGUAUGAAGCGGUUCAAAAGUUCCUCCAGGCUAAAGAAACUUUAGUUGUUGAAUUGAGCAGGCAAAAACAGAAUCACAAUGCCAUAGGUUUAGAUAUUAAACAAGAAUUUUGCUACAAAUCUUCAAAUGCGUAUACGGAUAACAUUGCAAAAAAAAAAACGAAGCUGAUUCUAAAAUUUGGAAUUAAACCCGAAGCUUUAGUCUCGGCAAAAACAGCAAAUUCAUGUGUCUCUCAGCAAGGCAAUUCCCUUACACCAUUAAUAAUUCCUGCUGAAACUGAAAAUCAUCCCCUCAGUUUAACACUAAGGACUUUUAAUAGCGAAAAAAUAACAUCGAAGGAAGUUCAAACACAAACCGUUUUAAACACAGAUAUUCUAAAAGAUCACGAUCUGGUUCAAACAAUAACUGAUCGUUUUAUUGAGCAGGAACAUCACAUAUUUGAACAAUGUCUGGAGCCGGAAAUUGAUAUUGAGGAAAUAACACUCACUAAAGCUGUUAUUAAUGAUACUAGCGAUAAUAUCGGCAUAUAUAUUUGCUCUUCCGGCUAUCAACCUUCAAACAUCGAUACAACAAACAAGGAGAGUCAGAUAAUAUGUAAAGAUACCGGAGAAAUCUGCGAAGAUGUAUUCAUCAGUGGCAUUAAACCGAAGAGUAUAGCCCAGAACGAUGGACGCCUACGGGAGGGUGAUCAGAUACUACGCAUUAAUGGCAUUGAUGUAAAGAAUAAGGAAGAGGCAGAGCUCAAGAUAUCAGAGAGUAGCACAGCUGUGACGCUUCUCGUUAGUCGAAUUCUAUACCCAGAAGACGAGGGCGAUGAUGAAGACGACAUUGAGAGUAAUUUUGAAUAUGCCAAUACUACUUUUCUGCCCGAUGAUUACACCAAUGUUGUGGAUAAGUUGGAUAAAGUCCUUUUGAGUCACGUUCAUCAAUUUAAUGAAUUAUCUAGUGAAGAAGGUGUUUUAAUAACACAACAAAAGCAGAAUUCAACAACUCAGCAACAGAAUACAACAACAAAAUCCAAUUCUUCCCUGGAAAAAAAGAUAGUCGAACAUCAUAGCAAAAACCAUUUUCUUGAUAAAAAAAAUAUAGAUCAAGCAAACAAUAUUAGAGUUUCGAAAAAUGAUUACGACGAUAGCGAGCACAUUUAUGAGACAAUUCCAGAAGACUCGGAAUCGGAACCCUUAUACUGUUCACCCUAUCAAAGUUCAAACUAUAUAACUAAAAUAGGAUCGGCAUCACCGGAAGCAUUCGAAACUUCAGCAAAGCAACAACAAACUGAACGUGUUGCCCAAUGGCUGGGCCUAAAAUCACCAAAAACAAUUGAUCCCUCCCUAGUUGGUAAUCGCCCGACACCGCCAUCGAAGCCUACUGCCACUUGCAGCCGGGUGUUUACCUUACGAAGCACAACAAGUCGAUCCAGCAGCAGUGGCUAUGUUCGAAAUAAUAAUAUUAAUGGAGCAAACAAGUUGAUUAUUACAAAACAAGAUGAAGUCGACAACUCAUCAAGUGCCUACAAUACAGGAGGUUCGAAUAACAGCGCCUCGCCAAAAAUCGUUGAAGAGAGCACAACAGUGUCUAUAGAUAAUUCUGGAGUGAAUCACCUGGUUGCCACUAGCCCUGUAAGCAGUAUGUUACUUUUGCCAUUUGGCAAAUCUGGACGGAUUGGCCUCUGUUCAACCAACUUGCGAACAGCAUAUGUUAGUGAGUGCCAAAGCAAAGUCAGCCAAGAAAAUGAGAACAUUAUUCUUAGAGCAGGAAAUGAGGAAUCGUCUUAUAGCCACUGCCCACAGUUCAACGCCCCAAAUUUAAGCCGCUAUCACUUCGUAAGUAGUCAACAGGUCGCUAGCAAAUGCCUUGAGUCAACGAAUAGCUCAAAACCUAAUGACGUACUCUUCAGCAACGAUACAAAUAAUGCCGAUGAAAUUCCAAUGGUUUGGAAGGUGAAACGUCGCCCCGAUGGAUCGAGAUAUAUCGUGAAAAGGCCAGUACGCAAUCGUGCACCUCAAGUCUCCUCAUCGAUUCGGAAAAACAUACGUUAUAACGAAGUAACAACAACCGAAGAGGAUACAGUAUCGGAGGUAAAAAUAGGUCGCUAUUGGACAAAGGAAGACCGAAAACGACAUAUUGAAAAAGCUCGAGAACGACGUCAGCAACAACAACAACAGCAGCAGAUACAAUAGAAAUAUUUCUUAUUACUAUAGAAAAAGCAUUUUCCAAUUUCUAAACUUAUAUUUUGCUUUAAAAACAAUAGCCGGAAAAUCAAAUAUGCACAGAUUCCACGCUAUAUCCAAUUUUUGCUUAAUACAAAAGUUAAUAUUUAUAAUUUGGAACGUACACAAAGUCGUCAAUGGUUUUUAGCUUUUAUCUAUAUUAAUACAAAAAAAACUCAUCAAAGCCACAUAAUCAAGCUCUUAUAUUUUGGAAAACAUUUUGUCAAAUGACUUUCCUUCUUCAUAAUAAUUAUAUUUUGUUAAUUAAUUGUUCCUAUAAUAGUGUUUUAAAUCCCACUAUUCAUGCAAUUAGACUUUGUGGAUGCGAACGAAUAUAUAUAUCUACAUAAAUAUGUAUAUUUAAGGUACAAAAAACCAGUUUGUUGUCUCUUUAAAAUGUCAAGAAGAAAAUGUUGUAUCUCACACAAAAAAAUAUAAAUAAAUCCAUCAAUUAAGAAAUUGAAAUUAAAAUAA